CGCCUCUGCUGGCCUUCGAAAUGGGCUCGACUCCUUAGCCUUGAUUUCUCCAAUUGUACCUCUGCAUAUCAACUUUUUUUAAAUAAAGAAAAGCCUGUUCGCGAUGACAUUUGGAGGUGAAUUGGCAGAUGAGGUCAGCCAGGUGAUUUCAGAACUGGUUCCUGCGCAGGCUGAGCGGCUUGCAAGUUUCACUUCCUGUGCAGUACAGUAAAGCAACUCGCUUCAUCAGAGGAUUGCAAUGAAACCCGCUCAGGAGCGCAACCAGGAGUCCCUGCCUCCUAAGAAGAGGGACCUCCCAGUUAGUAACAGCAGUGGAGCUGGAGGCACAGGUGGGGUUGGUGUUGCUGGAGGAGGAGGAGGUGGUGGUGGAGGUGGCAGUAGUGCUGGUGGUGGUAUUGGAGAAGAUGAAGUGGUUUCCAUCCAGAACUCUGCAGCCAACAGUGACACUCAGGGAGGGACUCCAUCUGGAGAGUGGCUGCGUGCUCAGUCGGGGCUUCAUUAUGGAGUGGAUAAUUCUGAUGGCAUACCAGCGGUGCCCGUUGACCAGUACAGUAUGCUCUACAAAGUGGCCCUUCCAUCUGUUACUUACUCACCUACCAGUCUUCACCCAGUGUUAAGCCACAUCUCUCCAGCAUACACUGUCCACUCGCCUCUCCUGCAGCAUCCAGGCCUUUCCUACCCUCCUCUUGGUUACGCCCAGAUCCCUCAUUCUUCUCUCCAGUUUGUAAGUUCCCCAUAUGCAACGGUACCUUAUGCCCUACCCCCUGGCUUUGUCCCGGGACCAUUAAUCUCCCCCUCAGGCACCAUUCCUCAGCCCCACGCUGUCUCCCACCUUGUUCAAUAUCCAUCUGUCAUACAAGAAGGAGUUGUUUCCCCACCUCCUCAGGCUCAGGUGGCUGCACAUACCUUUGCCAAAGUUGCAGCAUCCAGCGGCGUCCCACUGAUGCUGCCGUCAGAGCAGGCUGCCCAGCAGCACCUCAGCACUGUGGGAGUACUGCCAGCAGCAGAGGUCAGCUCUCGAGGGAUGCCGGUCUUCUACCACGCUCAGGGCACCAGGGCUGCCACUGCCACCAGAGACCCCCCCAGUGCUCAUCAGGAGAAUGAACCAGAGAUGAAUGGAGGCGAUAAGGAGCAGGGAGCCAGGGAGGUUGUACUAGACUUGGCCUACAUUGCUAAAAAUGCACGACUGCUGCAGGUAGCGCCCAGCUCUGCUGCACAGGAGCACAGCCAAGACAGAGGACUGCAGAACCGGAGGCUGGAAGGGAGGAGCUCACCUGACCGGCCGAGCACUCCAGACAGCGACCUGGAGGUGCAGCAGGUCGUUGGUCGUUUGGCCUCUUCGAGCCAAGGUGCCAGUGGACUGCGGAAAGAGGUCUCCUUUGCUCCCUUAAAUCUCUCUCAGGGUGCCCAGAGAGCCAGAGAUAUCCAUGGAGAAAGUGCAGGAGUUACCGGCCGGACUGCAUACGCAGCCCAGCCUGUGAGUUACAGCGAUCCCAGAGUGACUGGUCUCCAGCAGCACACAGGACAACCAGGCCAUGCUGUCAUGCUUGCCAAUGGGCAACCGGUUCUUAUUCCCAUGGAGUAUCACCUGCAGCAUCCGCCCCCGCCACCGCAGCAACACUACCCAGGGCAUGCUAAUGAUGCCUCCACCAGCCAUGCCUCUACAACCAUGGCCUCCUCUAAUCCAAGCUUUAAAGCCUCUGAUUCUUCAGCCAGAGUGUGCCUCCCUGAAAGGGCGGAGCUGAUCACAGCUCAGCAGCAGCCUCCUGUCCAGCCCACUGCAGAUGUGACCCAGGCCUUAGCUUCAAGCCUCGCUCCUACCCCGGCCCCCUCCAACCCAUCACACUUCAUGAAGGGGGCCAUCAUCCAGCUGGCCACUGGGGAGCUGAAGCGUGUGGAGGACCUGCAGACUCAGGACUUUGUGCGGAGCGCUGAGGUGAGCGGGGGGCUCAAGAUCGACUCCAGCAUGGUGGUGGACAUCCGUGCCAGCCAGCAGAGACCAGGUCUUGUGUCGCUCCACUUCACUGUGGGGGAGCAACAGAGCAAAGUGACCAUCGAUGUUCCCCCAGAACACCCCUUCUUUGUGUUCGGCCAGGGUUGGUCAUCCUGCAGCCCUGAACGCACGGCCCAGCUCUACGGCUUGGCCUGCCAUCAUCUGCAAGUUGGAGACGUGUGUGUGUCCAUCACUCUGCAGCAGCAGCUGCAGCCACAGCAGCAACAGCAGAAGCAGCCACAGCAUCAUAAUUCACAACAGCAACAACAGCCACAGCAGAACCUGUCCAGGACUUUGAGCAAAACCAAUGCUACAUCAGGACCUGGUCACCAGCUUAUGGGGCCUCCUGCCCCACAACAGUCACGGCCACAGUCUCAUUUCAGGCUAGACCGCAUCCACAGAGAAAGACAGAGAGAUGGAGAAAAAGAUGCAGCCAGUAAGGAGGAAGCCACACAUUUUGGGGUUGUUGUGCACACUGAGUCGCCCGUCAGACCAAGUAGGACCUCAGCAGAACAUCCAAGGAGCCAGAGCAGUUACCACUUGCACACAGAGGGCUCUGCUUUUGCAGGGGCAGGGAUGGGAGGGAUGCAGGCUGCACUAGGUGCUCAGAGGCGUUGGUCCUCACCUGGCCUCCAAAGAUACAAUAUGAAGGGAGAUGAAGGGCCACGCCCUCAAAUAAGCACCUCCGGCCACACAAGGCUCUCUUUCAUCCCCCAGGAGGUCAAACUGUCCAUUGAGGGGCGCUCUAAUGCAGGGAAGUAGCAUCACAUUUGGUAGCAACUAUAGAGGAGACUGCCACGAGUAAGAAUGAGUCUGACAAGGAGAGAAAGAGGAAAAAAAGAGUGCGAAUGUAGCCUCAGAAUGUUUGAGAUUUUGCACACCUAAAAUAUACAAAAAUACAAGAUCUUUGUCUAUCUGAGAAGUUCCAGUUUGGUUUGGUCACCACUCAGCCAAAGGAUACAAGCCUGUGGAUUCCCAGCCAGCUGAGGUCUGAUGGGGACAUGACAAGCUGAGUAGAAAGUAUGUAGCUGAUGUAAUGCCUCUCGCAGUCCUUACACACUGCAUUUCUCUUACUCCCUCCCUCCUUUGUCACCACUUCCUCAUAACCACACUUGGAGAUUACCAUCGCAUUCGGAGCACUCUCGCUUCCUUUUUGACCAAACCGUCUCUUUGGAAGACCACAGACUACGAAGAAUGUGUUUGUAGCGCAGUGAAGCUACCAACUUUGCAGGUUCUGAUGUCUUUAAAGGAUCAUAGCCAGUGAUCCUUUAUCUCCUCCAUUCCUAAGAUCCUGUUUCCUUCGAAAGCAUUUACCCAAAAAAACAAAACAAAAGUGGAGUGGAGUUGCUGACACCAGCAGCCCCUGUUGUGAUGUUGGCACUGUUGACGCUAACUGUCAGUGUACGUUACAUUAUGCUUCUUCGGCAGGAGUCUGAAACCUCCUUUGUCAGCAGAUACUCUCUCAGGCCAAGUGCGGCUCGUCCCACUUGUCUUACAAUCGAAAUAGUGAUAAAUCAAUCAGUGUGUCUGUUCAGCAAUCAGUUUUCACUCCAAAAACAUCUGCCUUCAUUACACACCAUCAUGCCCUAUGGUUGAGGAUGAGGGCCCGAACGUUUGUGUGUGUGUGUGUCUGUGUGUGUGUCUCUGUGUGUGUUUGUAUGAUCGCUAGAGAUAUCUUGCAUUCCAGUUUCAUCACUGAGAAUAUCCAUCACUGAGUGUUUAACUUUGUCCCCCCCUUUCUGAGAGAAUGAUCCCCCCUCCCUCCUCCUCACUAUACCUCAAAGGUUUCCCGACCAGACUGGUGACUUUUAAUGCAAUUUUGAAGAGUAACGGAGGAGGCACUGGCUGGUCAUCACCAAAGCCACCUUGUGGGAAUGAACCAGUAACAUGGCUGCAGCAAGUGAAGGAGAGAAAUCAACCCUUUUGUGCGAGUGAAUCAGUGACGAGGCACUCUCUUGAGUUACUUUUUUGCUCGAUUACCAAAUGAAAGCAAUAGUUGUUUUCCUCCCCGUGAGGCUGUUUUAUAUCUCUGUACAUGUUAGGUGUGAGAGCUGACUCUCUGUUAAUCCCCCCCAACACCCCAACUUUUAAAGGUGAUGCACUCUUUUGCUGUUCAGUAUUUUUACACAAGUAAAGCAUGUCUUUGACAAAUUUCUCAAGAGAUCAUUCUAGGCGAAUCAGCAUCUCUUUGAUUCUCCAUCUCACUGAUGAUAUUUUAUCUUAUAUGGAUUUACUCAAGUGCAUCUCCAAGGAAGGCUUGGCUCUAAUUAAUUUGUGGUCAUUAUCAAGUCACCCUCUUGUCUUUUGUUUGAAUGGUCCUUUGCUUUUGUACUAGAUUAUACUUUAUCCAGUGGAUCUUACGAUUGUCUUGUGUUGCACAUAGAAAAUGUCACUCAUUGACUUCACACUGACCAUUAUAAUAGGAAUCACAGUACAGUAGGUGUUCUUUUUUAUGAAGGGAAUAUGUUUGAAGUAUUGUUGGUGUUUUGUGGUGAGAGAGUGAGAUAGGAAAAAAAAAACUGACUUGCAUUUUUAACUCUGUUUACAAAUUAGCCAAGACAAAUGCUGCAGUUUUCUUACGUCUGACAGAUUUUUUUAUCCUCUUCUUGAAUCACCCCCCCCCCCCCCAGAAAAGGAAAAAAAAUCCAAAAAAGGGUGGAAUUGAAAAUAAGUGCAAUUAGACCACACAUUAAAUCAUUCAGAGGUUUAUAAUCAGACGGCAUUCCUCACACAGACAUUCCCAUCAGAAAGUGGAAAUCAGACAGUACCACUUUUCUUUAGAAAACAUUUGAUCACUUUUGAAUAUUUAAUGCAUUACCUGUUACAUUUCCUUCCAUUGGACGUGCUCAGAGAGGAGGAUCAGUGAGUUACAUGGUUGUCAAGUUUGUGUCCCACUGGUGUGUUAGUGCUGUAGCCCAGAUGCUGUAGUCUAUGUGUGUCUGAAUGGAGCCCUCUCCACUGCCUGACUCUGUGUGGAGAGCCGGUGGAGAGGAGUAUCGGACAGACUGACCUGAACUGGGCUUAGUACACGCUUAACGUCUGGUACUGUCAAUAUGAGUAGCUUUAAAGGGCAGUUUCACAUUUAAAAUAUGUUUUUAUUUUAUCAAGUUUGUGAAUGAGAAUUCUCACAUCCCCAUAAGACUCGUCAGUCGCUGUGAUAAUUGCUCCUGUCCUUAAUGGCUGUGCAAAAACUCCAUAACUAGAGCUGCAAAGAUUUGCCAAUUUAGAUGAUCAAAAUUAAAUUGAUUACAAACUAUUUAAAAAAUUGAAAAUUGUUUAAUUGAUUUUUCAAGCAAACGUUUGCUGGUUCCAGCUUCUGUGUUGUAAAGUGUUUUCUGCUUUUGUUUGUCAUGAAUGAUAGUAAAUGAAAAUCUUCAGACAAGUUGGACAAAAGCAGAAAUUAGAACGUGUAACUUUCGGCUGUGGGAAAUUAUGAUGAGGAUGUUUAUUUACUCAAGUAGGAGUACUGACUCACCUUAUUUAUGUCAAAGUAAUAAAGUACAGCCUCUGAAAUAUACUCAAAGUAUAAAAACUAAAAAUAUCCCUCUGAAGGACAUUUCUGUUUUCUGUGCAAAGCUAACUGAAGAUGAGCCUUUGUCACUCGUGUUGCCACGUCUGCCAUGCGUGAUAUCCACUGAUCGGCCUUGUGAUGUUGGGAAAGGCAGCGUGCAAUAACACAAUAAUACUUAAUUCCUCUGAAAUGCAUUAAAACUAAAGUAAUGAGCCUGUUUUGAAAAUGUAAGAGGUCGACAGUACAGAUAGUUGUGUUAAAAUGUAGAAAGUAAAAGGAAAAAGUUGUCAGAAAAAUAAAUACUGUUGUUAAAUACACCUGAUAAAAUCCACUUAAGUACAGGAACAAAGCAUUCGUACUUCAUUACUUCCCACUUCUGCAGCAGAAUAGUCAGCAAUGGAAGUAAUCAUUAGUCGCAGCUCCAUCCACAACUUAAAAACUCAGUGUAAGUUUGAAGAAUGUGAAUCUGUCCUACAAAAUGUUUUCAGUGGGAGAUUCAGUAAGUUAAGAACACAUCUACCCAUCACAAGCUCACCACAUCCAACCAUUUUUUUCACGCUGUCAGCAAUAGACAUGAUACCUGAAAACAUUUUAUGUAGUCUUGGCGUUUUCUAUGCAGUAAACUCAGUAUUGUACCGUUCGUUGUCUUAAGUACAGCUCUCUGGAGCAGUAGGGAAGGUCAGCUGAUGCAGUCAUUUUACGCUGAUGUCUGGUUAGAUAAUUGUUUUUCUUUUUAUAGUAGUACAAACCAGUAUUUUGCUCAGUGGUCCCAAUCUUCCUACAUAUGGCACACUGCUGAGGCACAGAUCAGUAAACUCUUAGUCUUCUUAGGAUGCCGCACAGUCGGCGCCAAAUCACUCAAAACGAAAGUCACUCUGAAUCUUUCAUUUUUACUUACUUCUAGUCCUGCUUUAUGUUGGCACGACUGCUCAGCCGCUUUAACAUUUGUAUUUUAGGUCAAGACGCAUUUUACGGGAUUUUCAAUGGUGCAAGCAGUGCCACAUGCGACUUUACCUCCUGUUAACGCUCACAGCAAGACCAUCCUGUCGCUACGCGAGGCUUUUUUUUUUCUUUUCUUUUUUUUUUUUGUUUCCUCGCCCUCUGCUCUGAGCAGCGUGUGCCAUGUUGAAGCAGGAAAAGCUCGACCGCUACCAAGAUGUCCAAUGACUCUUAUUCACAUCACUGAUAGUCUGUUGCUGUAAGUAAUUGCACUAAAUGCCCUCCUUUACAGUGUUGUAAAAAUGAAAAACUGUUGGUUAAUUGAAGAGUUUCAAAAUGUAAAGCACACAGAAUCAUGGAGAAAUGGCAGGUUGUUGUGUGUUUCUGUAGAUAGAUGUAUUUUUUUUUGUUGUUGUAUAGAUAGCUUUGAUGAUGCUUGUCGAUAAUGCCUUAAAUUCUGCUUUGUACAAUGUGUGAAAUUGAGAUAAUGGAAUGAUGCUUCUGAUAGGCUUUGGUGUUCCCUUUUCUGGCUGUACAAGAGCAAAUCAGACACUCUUGCCAUGCUUACGAGCAGAAUUUUAUAUUUGCAUUUCUCAAAGGGUGAUGGUGAAUUCUCCCCAGAUGGUUCAAUCGUGUUUGAUUUCGUCUCUCCCUUUUUUCUUUUAUCUUAUUAUGUAUUCCGUUACAUUUUUUUUAACACAAUCUUAAUGCUCAUACUUUUAAUUCCUCUUUUUUUUUUUUCAAUGUGUGAAAGUGAAGUUCAUGGAAGCUCUUAUCUGCACUUUUUACAAGACGAUGCCGAGGGUAUCUGCAGCGGAGGCCAUUGAUUUCAAACACACAAACUUGGACAGACGCACACGUGUUGUUUUUAUUGUUGUUGCACAAAAUCAGUAGGUUUUUUUGUUUGUUUUUUUAAUCCCUAGAUUUAAUGGAUUGUGUUUGGCGUCUUGUGCUUUGUCCCACGGUCUGUGGACAGCAGGAGGUGGGUUUAGAUAAAGACGGACAGGCUGCAUAAAUCAGAUAGCUUUCUACUGGUGGUAACGUAUCGGUUUCUUAUGUUUUGUGAAGUUGGCAGUGGGAAUUUUUAAUUUUUUUUUUUUUUUAAUUUUCUUGUGUGAACUACUUCCUGCUUGAUCCAAUAUUGAACUCAAAAGGUGAACUAAGGACGGUUUCGGUGUUCCCGAUGUCAGAUUAUAUCAGGAGAACGAGAACGGUUAAAAAGUUUUAAAAGAAGUCUGUAUUUUCAGAUUUGAAAUUGUACUUUUUCUUUUUUGGCACAAGGUGACACUGCUUUUUAUGUGACGUGUAACUAUAAACAAAACAAAAAACAGCAUCUUCUUUUUUUUAAAAUGCCUAAAUCUGCAAAAUAUAUGCAAUGAUGUAAAUGUAACAUUCAAUCCUCAAGUGUAAUCCAGGUUGUAUGAACUUUGUAUAGUGAGUUUUAAUAUCGUAUGGCCGUACCAAUAUGUAUUGAUCUUUAUCAGAAGCCUUAGAGUUGUCGACCGAAAGUGCUCCCUUAGAAUACCCUACACCUACCUGACUUUAACAAAGCAUUAAUAUCUCUAUUUUGUUGCAUUUUUAUUUGUACCCUUUUUGAAUAAAAUAGAUUUGUACUGUAUAUUUGUACCUCUCUGUGAACUACUUAGGGCGGUUUUUUGUUUUUUUUGUUUUUGUUUUGCUGUUUUAAUGUACUUUAAGGACACAAAGAUAUUGUAUUUUUAUUGUUACAGCUAACUUGGAGACAUUGCAUUUAUCAUGUUUGUUAAGUAAACACAAUAUAAUAUAUAUAUACAAAUAUAAAUAUAAACUAUUAUCCAA